UAGGGGAUAAUUGUACUAAUGAAAAAAAGAUGUCACUAUACAACACCUUUUACUAUUAGCACUUUUAGUACUUUUACCAAAAAAUAUAACAGAUACUCUUGACUCUGAAGACUUGAUUUAUAAGAAUGAUAUUAUGCCUGUAUAAUAAUAUCCCCAGUACUACAAUUAUACUGUCUCAAUUUAAGUUCAAUAUUAUUUUUGGAAAACAACUAUAAAAAUCUAGAUCUACUAAUUCUGAAUUUGAUUUAUUUAAACUAUGUCUGGAUACUCACAGAUAGAUCUAAAAUUAAACAAGGACUAUUCACAGGGAUAAGUGUAUUUUUUCUCGGUUUAAAUUAUUCUCUACCAAUAACAUGUAUCGUGAGGCUUCAGUUUUUAUGGGAGAAUGUGUGGCAAUUACUAAACCUAUCAUCGAAGGACUAUAACAAAUCCUAUUUUAUACGUAUAAAUUCGUUAAAUGCAAUUAUUAGUAUUAAUAACACAGACUUGUCAAUUAAUAUAAUAAAGAUGUGAAGCUAACCUAUAACAUUCUGUACAUAUUGUGUCGUUGGAUUUUGAUGGAAAUUUAACGAUCCAGAAAAUUGAACACGCAUAUCAGAGCAAUUCCUUAUUCCUCAGUAACAAAAAAAAUAUCAAAAUCAAAUUUUACGACUCAAACAACCCCUAAACCCGUUUCAUUCAUAACGAACAAUGUACGACUAAUAACACUAUUAAGUUAAUUCGUGUGUUUGAAUAUCCAAACCAUUGUGUGUCGGUUUCCUCUCCAGCACUCCCUAGUAGAGAAUAUACAAUUAUACACGUGAUGAAGAGAAAAGUAGGGGAAUAAGAACUUCGUGGACGAUUUUGGGGGUGUGAAACGAGUGGUAAGGUCGCGGUCGGAAUUUGUCUGAAUUGCCAAUUCUACUGACGACCCUGGUUGAACGUAACAUUUUUCAAAAUUAAUGUUAAAUAAUUAAAGUAGUUUAGUACUGUGAACGAAGAAUUGGAUGCCGAAAAAUUUAAUGUUUCAUGAAAAUGAGUAUUUCCGCCUUAGAUAAAGAUACGACAAAACUUCUAACCACCUCACAAAUAAUAACUUCGGUAUCUAAUGCAGCGAAAGAAUUAAUAGAAAAUGCGCUGGAUGCCAAUGCCAAAAACAUCGAGAUCAAUUUGACAGAAAACGGUGUUGCUUUGAUAGAAGUAAAGGAUGAUGGCUGUGGUAUUGCCAAACGAGAUGUACCUAACAUGGCUUUACAAUCUUAUACAUCCAAAAUAUGUGACUUUUCUGAUUUAGAUACAUUAGAGACAUAUGGAUUCCGAGGUGAAGCAUUGUAUGCUUUGAGUGCUGUAUCGGAUCUCACAAUUAUAACAAAAACAGAAGAAGAAGAAGUAGCCCAAUCAUAUACUAUAGAUCAUUCUGGACAUAUUGUAAAGUCUGAAUCCUGUCACAGAGCUACUGGGACAACUGUUCAAGUCAGGCAAUUAUUUAAACAAGUACCAGUUCGAAGACAGAUAAUUACUAAUUCAAAGAAAGCUAAUCGAGACAUAAAAAUAUUAGAAUCCUUAAUCAAGAGUUACGGAAUUUGUAAAUUUUCAAUACGGAUGAGUUACAAAGUAGAUAGUAAUAUUAUUUUUGUGAAACCUAGUACAACUACUCUCGAAGAAGCUGUGACAUACACUUUAGGUAAAAAAGUGACAUCUAAUAUGUCUUGGAUAAAUGUUGAAAGUACUGAGUUUAAUAUGAAAUUAAUGGUACCUAAAAAAGAAACACAGAAUAUGUUGGAAGUGUUUCAGUCAGGAGCUCAAUAUAUUUUUGUAAACAACAGGCCUAUUAAAGACAAAGAAUUAGAGAAGAUAAUAACUAAAUCGAUAUCAGAAGCAUUGGAUUCACCAUCAAAGAAGCCAAUAUUUAUUUUGUACAUUUUAAUAAAUGCAGCAAAUAUUGAUGUUAAUCUAGAGCCGAAUAAGAAUUCCAUACUUUUUAAAGACCAGAAAGUGGUUUUUGAUACACUGGAUAAAUAUAUAACAGAUUUUUAUGGAAUGCAAAGAGAAGAACAAGAAGAAAACGUUUUCAACGAAUCGCUUAACGAUUAUCAAAAAUUUUCACAAAUGAUGAGUAAUAAUGACGAAAAAACUGAGCGACCCGCGUCUAAAAAAAGAAAAUUAUGCACAGAAAAACGUGAUAAUAAACGGAUCAAUGAAUACAUGUGCACAUCUCAAAAGUCUGAUGAUAAUAUAGUUAAAGAUCUAUGUCAUGCCGCUAAUAGUAAUUCCAAAGAUAACGGAGAAGCGCAAAUUGUUAAAAAUGAGAAAAAUGAUGAAAAAGAGAGUGGUAAUAGUUGCAUGGAAAUCUCAGAAAAUUUUAAUGUUGCAUUACCAGCUUUGAAUUUGAGCGAUACAGAUUCGAAUAAUUCGCAUAACUUCGCAUUACUUUGUGGUGAUGAUAAUGAUAUUUCGAAUGAUCCGAACGACAAAAAUACAAAGAAAGACACAGACGAUAGUGCCCCAUUUGAAUUAACUCCACAUUCUGAUUCAUUCAAUCAAUUACCUAUCGUCGAUUUAGGUGAAGAUUUUAAUUUUGAAGAUGUACUAGCGACACGUAGCACAGAGACUAAGCCGGAAGAUACAAGCGAUAAAGAAAACAAGAUAGAAAGCGCGAACGCGCAUGUUUUGCAGUCAAAGAAAAAUAAAUCGGUUUCAACAAAGCGUGUUACAUUAAAAGAAUGGAGCAAGGGACAUGUGCCUGGUAUAAAGGGAGGUACGGAUGUACAACCUUACAUCGAUAAAGAGUCCAAUAAAUCGUUGGAAAGUGAAACCCAUGGAAAUACUUGCGAGGGCUUCAUUAAAUUUUCUAAUCAUAUGAAAUCAAAAAUCGUAAAGAAGAAUCCCGCUCUGACAGCAUCUCAAAUUGCGUACGCGUUAAUUAAUCUUUGGAAAAAAUUAUCAUCCGAAGAACGCGGUUAUUACAGAGAUCUCGCACAGGAUGAAAAAGUAGAGGAUAAUAAAGAAAAGGAGGAUAUCGAAGAGAAUGAAAUAAAUGCUAAAAAUUGUAACACUAAUAAAAGGUUAAAAAAAAUAUUGGAAAAAAUGAAUGCAAUGAAUAUUCCGAAUAAACACAAUUUGUUAAUGAGAACCAUUGUACCCUGGGACAUGGAUUUGAAAAAAGUAACUGAAGGUUUUCUGAACGAAAAAGUGUGUAAUAAUGCCAAUUUUAUUGUUGGGUUACUAUCCCCUAAUUUAUGGAUUGUUCACAAAUCCGCACAUAUUUGGAUUUUAGACACGAUUCGUCUAAAAAAGGAAUUAAACGUGUCCGAUGCAAAUACAAAUGAGGAGAGCACAGAGAGCAUAGAACAACUUUUGAAACAAUGGUUCUCAGAGAAAGACGAUUUGUCAGUAUUACAUCCCAUACAUUUACUUACAUAGAAUGAGAGAUUAUAAUAUAAAAUAUCAUAAUUAUAUUUAAACACGAUUAUUUCACUAAACUUGAAAUAAUAAAAUUUUCAAGACUAAACUUUACAUUUCAUUCGGCGAGAAGUGUCGAAUAAAAUCACGUGACUGGGUGGCAGGAUCGAAAUUGUGGGGCACUGUGUUCCGAUUACAUACGGAACCAACAGAAGAUACAAGUUAUUAUUUAUGUCGUUUAGGGCCUUAUUUGAAAGUUAUUGUUGUAUAAAGAAAUCAAAUAAAAUAAUAUAGAAAAACAUAGAUUUAAAUUAUAUUUAUCAAUGAAUAAAGUGUAGUUUUUAUUCACCGUCGGAUCUAUGAUACACUCCUGGUCGGAGGUGCACGACUAACCAAUGAGAUUCUUCCGCAAAUCACGUGAUCUUAUUUACAGUCUCCUCGCUGGAUAAAAAGUACAGUAAAGUCUGGGAUCGCGAAGUCGACAUUGUCGACAGUGUGCUUCCCGAAGGAAAGGUAGAAGGAUGCAAAUAAUCGUGUGAUGAAAUUAGUAAGCGGGACUUAAUUAAUUCCAAGAGGAUAACGAGCUACGGAACGGAGGCGUAGACUUAUCGUCGUUAGAGCAUAAUUUGCAGAUACUUUGAUAGAUAAGCAUUCAUAAUCGGGACGCAUCCAGAGUGUAAGAGAUAAAUUAGGAAAGAUAUCGAAACGUUCCGGACAUCCUUACAUACUCGUGCGUCCCGUAAUUAAUCACUAGUGAAAUGAUUCGUUGCGAAUGACGUUCAUCCUUUUAUCUUGUUCUCCCAGAGUAUGAUUGUGAAAACGAAUACGGAAACGUAUGCGUUCACAUUCUGUAACUAUUCCCGUUUGAAUCGACCUAGUCUGAAACUACGUUAAAGCGAGAAAUUGCAAAGUAACGAUUCAAUGUAUCGUGAAAUGUAAUCGUAUUCGAGAAUA